AUGGGAAAAUCACUUUCUCACCUGCCUAUGCACACAUGCAAGGAAGAUAGCUACAGUGGAACCACAGUUUCUGAUAAUAUGAGGAAUGGGUUAGUUCACUCAGAAUCGCACAACGAAGACAGCAGAUGCGGAGAUGUGUCGCAGUUUCCCUAUGUGGAAUUUACAGGAAGAGACAGUGUUACCUGCCCAACUUGCCAGGGAACAGGAAGAAUUCCACGAGGACAGGAAAAUCAGCUGGUAGCGUUAAUUCCAUACAGUGAUCAGAGACUGAGACCAAGGAGAACAAAGCUCUACGUGACUGCUUCUGUAAUUGUAUGCUUACUACUUUCUGGGCUGGCUGUAUUCUUCUUGUUUCCUCGCUCAAUCGACGUUGAAUACAUUGGUGUGAAGUCAGUCUAUGUCAGUUACGAACAGGGUAGUCGUAUAAUAUAUCUUAAUAUCACGAACACACUAAAUAUAACGAAUAACAACUAUUAUUCUGUUGAAGUGGCAAAUAUCACAGCCCAAGUUCAGUUUUCAAAAACAGUUAUUGGCAAAGCACGGCUAAACAACAUCACCAACAUUGGUCCUCUGGAUAUGAAACAGAUUGACUAUAUGGUGCCCACAGUCAUACAAGAUGAAAUGAGCUACAUGUUUGACUUCUGUACUUUAGCAUAUAUCAAAGUGCAUAACAUAGUAGUGAUGAUGCAAGUGACAGUGACAACCUCUUACUUUGGCCACUCUGAGCAGACAUCCCAGGAGAGGUACCAGUAUGUGGACUGUGGAAGAAACACAACCUAUCAGCUGGGCCAGUCAGAAUAUUUAAAUGUACUUCAGCCUCCACAGUAAAAGCACCUGUCGGUUAGUGUGGAAUGACUGCUGAUCCUCGCAGAGAUCCUUUGAGUAGGACUGGUACUACCUGAAGGGGAGAAUAUAUGCAUGUGAAGCAUAGCAAACAUGAUGACCUGUUCACUUUAGAUGCCAGGAGGGAAAAGGUGCAAAAUGUACAUAGAUGCACUUGUUAAAUGUUGUGUUUUCCCCUUCUGUUUGCUUUCUAUUACUGUAAGCACUUCUGUCAUGUGGUGGGAGGGAGAGGGGGAAUAUCAGAUACUUGAAUUGAAUUGGGACCUUUCCUUACAGUGUGGUACAUCAACUUAGAGUAACUAUGUGUGCAUCUGUGUUUAGGUGAAAUGUGACACUAAUGAGCAUUUUAGAAAAAUAGAUACUCAUAAAUUUUAAGUUCAUACUUAAGUUCUUGAUGUUUAACUAUUGAAACUGGCAGUAUUACUACUUAAGUAUCAAGAUUACUUUGAGGUAUCUGGUUGUGAGACUUCUGUUAGUAACCCAGU